GCAGGCGCACUGCUGCGAGGGAGGCCGUUCCUGUAGCUUAGCGAUGUCAUAAAGUUUUUUUUUUGAGGGGGAGGAAAGAGCGAAGCCGAAGCGCCUGUGAGGGAAAAGAGGGCGGGACGGCGCCGAGGACGGAGCGAAGCGGCAGCAGCGGCGGCGGCUCUGCUCGCGCCGGAGGCUUCGCGGCAACCAGGACCAGCUGGGCCGAAGCGGCUCUUCCCGCCCAUUUGCUGCGCCCCGCGGAGGAUCGCGCCGCUCCGGUGGAGGCGGAGAGGGGCUUUGCCGGGGGGAAAGAAACGGGCGAAGUGUAAUGUUCAGGUUCAGAAAUGCCUUAUGUGGAUCGUCAAAAUCGUAUUUGUGGUUUUUUAGAUAUUGAAGAAAAUGAAAACAGUGGUAAAUUUCUGCGGAGAUAUUUCAUACUGGAUACAAAAGAAGAUAAUUUGGUAUGGUAUAUGGAUAAUCCACAGAACCUCCCCUCCGGAUCUCCACCAGUUGGAUCCAUUAAGCUUACCUACAUUUCAAAGGUAAGUGAUGCAACUAAACUGAGGCCAAAGGCAGAAUUCUGCUUUGUUAUGAAUGCAGGAAUGAGGAAAUACUUUUUACAAGCCAAUGAUCAGCAAGAUUUAGUUGAAUGGGUGAAUGUCCUGAACAAAGCUACCAAAAUCACAGUACCAAAGCAGGCUGACUCAUUGUGUCAUACUGAUAAUACAUUGCGUCAUUCUGAAAAUUUGGGAAUAAGAAAACAGAUGUCUUACAGAACAGAAAUUGUUGGUGGUGUUCCCAUAACCACUCCUACUCAGAAAGAAGAGAGAAAUGAAUGUGGUGAAACUGAUAAAAGCUACUUGAAACGGUCCCAAAGCCAUCUUCCAUACUUUACUACUAAGUAUCCGCCAGACAAUCCAGUUAUCAAAACAGGUUAUUGUGUUAAACAGGGAGCAUUGAUGAAGAACUGGAAAAGAAGGUAUUUCCAACUUGAUGAAAACUCAAUUGGCUAUUUUAAAUCAGAACUGGAUAAGGAGCCUCUUCGGGUUAUACCACUGAAAGAAGUUCAUAAAGUCCAAGAAUGUAAACAAAGUGAUAUUAUGAUGAGAGACAAUCUUUUUGAAAUUGUAACAACUUCUCGAACAUUUUAUGUACAGGCCGAUAGCCCAGAAGACAUGCAUAGUUGGAUUAAAGCAAUUUCUGGUGCCAUAGUGGCCCAACGGGGACCUGGAAGAUCAGCAGCGUCCGAGCAUUCCAGCUGUUCAGAAUCCAGCGGUCCUUCAAAAACAGCAGCAGCCACCUCACAUUCCGCAACCACUCACGGCCCCACUUUGGUCCAAACCCUUAACAGCAAACCCCCUGUCUUGGAGAAGCGAAGAUUUCAUGAAUCUUUUACCACGGCCAAACCAGGGAGCUUCAAGAUCCAGGCUGUCCCUUCAAGAAACUCAACUUCCAAAGUGACUCUGCAGGCCCUAUUGGAACCUCAAAAUAAAAAUGGCACUCAGGAACCGGAUCCUGAUCCAGUGGAUCUCGAUGAUGCAAGCCUUCCAGUUAGUGAUGUGUAAUGAUGGGGAAGAGUCUGGAAAAUUAAGAAUUGCUUUGGUCCUUGAAUUUCCUUUCUCAGAACUUUUAGCCAAAGAUAGAAAGAACAAAACAUAGAAUGUUGCUUAUGUUCACCUUUGUGUAUGCAUACAUUCAAAAUUUUGUAUGUUUUAGUAGUUAUACGCUACCUUGCACUGUGUAUCAGAACGGACUUUUUGCUUUUUCUGUACCCUGAUGACAAAUCUUUUUGAUAGCAAGGGGCCGAAAUAUGAUACUUGAUCUAAAAGUUAUUUAAGCAAGGUACCAGCUGCUCUUCAUCAUCAGUUUGGCAAAACUGAAAAAAAAAAACCCUUCUUAAUGCUAUUUUUUAAAGCCAAUUUACAGCUUAAUGAUCUUGUAAUUCAGGCUAUCGUCAACCAAAUCGGAUUAUUUUCUAAAAAUACUGGCACAGUUUUGGGGGACAUCUAUGUAUACAGUGUUCUUUAAUUGUCAGGACUGCAGAGUGUAACAGUAGAGGCAAUGUAAUGCACUUUUCCUAUGCAAAGAGAUUUUUCAUGUUAGGAAUAUUUCAUGUUAAGAAUAUUAAGAAAAACAUCAUGCUGCAGUAUCUGAAAUGAGGUAUGUUUUCCUUACAAUGAAUGCUUAGAUUUGAGCAAUCUAUGUAUUCAAGGCACAAAAACUGCUCAUAACAAGUAUAAUAUUUGUUAAAGUACAAUAAGUGAGAAUCUCUAUGAGAAAAGAAAGCUUAUAAGAAAGGCCCAGAGAUUAUUUACGAUAAUCUAAAUGUGCUGACUUAAUUGGAGCUCCUGAUAAAUGCUUUGUAAAUCACUGCCCUUCCAUAGAAUCCAAAUCCUUUAGAAUUACAGAAAACUGGUGCUGUGAAAUUUACAUUACCAUAAUACAGCUAUUUUGAAUAUUAAGGCUAUUUUUGAUGCACUCCUAAAGGUAAAUUGUAACUUUUGCACAUUUGGAUAUUGAUGGACCACCAAAAUAAAGGUAUUAUGUACAUUUUUUAAAAAACUAGGGAACAUAAACUAUUAAAUCUUUUAAAGGUUUAAUGAAAAUAUUUUAUAAUGGGCUUUGCAGUAAUUAUUUAAAACUAUUGUUCCAAAUUUUGUUUUCUCUCGUGUGAUCUCCCCUCCCCCCCCCUUCAGUGAGUUGUAACUGGUUCCCAUUUUAUAUUUUGGUCAGUAAAAGACUGAACAAACUCUGCUUCAUGCUAUUAAUUGGUACUGAAUUAUUCCAUCAUGCAACUGUGGCCUGUAACUUCUGUGCACUGUAUUUAUUAAAAGUGCCUGUGGGUUAUUUCUUUAUGAUAUGUUAAAAGUUUGGGGGUUAGAUAGAUUUAUUUUUCUGGUUUUGAGCCUAGUUUGAUAUGGUUCAGCAUGUGUAUAAGGUGAAAUGCUUGUGCAAUUUCCAGCAUACUGGUGUCUGAGCUGUGCAUAAUGAUUUUCAAACUGGAUAUUUGUUCAGUUCCAGUGACAAUAAUAAUAGGCUUAAGAAGCUGAUGCUGGAUAGUUGAUCGAAAAGAGAAUGCACUAUUUUAUAGAUAGGUAGUGAAAAAAAAUCUGUUUAAUCAACAAAAAGCCCAAAGUUUCACAUGCUGCUGCUUUAUGCAAUUCAUAUUUCCCAUUGUAUAAUAUUUUGUGUAAGUUUUGCUUGACAAAUUAUAAAGAAUGAAUGGAGAUAUUUAAGGAAAAAAAUCCUCCACUAUUCUAGUGAAGUAAGCGUUCUUUUAUGUCUUAGUAGAGAAAGAGCCAAAAUUUUCAAAUUAGUUGAGUGGGAUGCUCCCUUAUAUUAAGAGUAGAAGUGUGCUGUUCCCUUCAAAUUUCCACUAAUAUCUUCUAAAAAGAUAGAAAGGGGGUGAUUCUACAACCCUCUCCAUUUCAGGAAGGAAAUACAGAUUUUUACUCAGCUGUAGACUGUACAUAUUGUCACAGCUUUUAAAAGAUUCCCUAAUUUUAAAAAAAAUAUUUGUUAUUUGCUGGGAGCAAGAAUCCUUUUAUUUAAUCUAUUAGAGAACUUCAGUUACACCAGUGGUUCUUAAAGGGGUCGGAGUGGGUGGAUGGUAAUUUUCCCCAAAUGGGGUAGUUGAGAGUAAUGAAGCAAAUUGUAAUUGCAUGUUUGUGAGUCAAGGAUGCAGUUUGGGACCGAAGCUGCCAAGAUGUCUGUGUAAAACAGUCUGGAAUUUUUUUUGAUGGGGAUAGUGACAUUAUGUGGAACAAGGAAGAGGAAUAAAACAAAAGAACCAUUAAGCAGUGACUAGCGCAUUCUUGCUUUUAUUUUAUUAGAUUUUUAUCCCACUUUUAUUACUUGUAUAAGUAACUCGAGGGGGUGAACAUCCCCAAUACUUCUGUCUCUUCCUCUUUUCCUCAACAACUAUGCUAAAUAGGUUGGGCUGAGAGAGAGACAGACUGGCCCAUACCUGCUUUCUGUGUGCCAUAUGUAUAAAAGAGGGUGUAUAAAGUAAUACUAGAAGUCCAAUUAUGUGUUUAUUUCCAUGUAUAUCCUAUUUUGUACACCCAACUCUUCUACAAUCAUGUGCUGGGUUGAUCUGCCUUUUGAAACGUGACAAUUUCAUUUGCAGUUCAUUUGUCUGUGCUAAUGCCUAACUGUUUGAUUUAUGGUCCUUUUAACUGCCUUUAACUAAAUGGUCUUUAGCUCCCAAAUUAAUUUCCCCAAAUAUAACUUCCCCUCAAAAUCUUGAUCUCAGGCUUUAUCUAAGAAGUGUUUAUAUUUGCAAGAAGACUCAUUUGGCACUUGUAAAAGAGAACAUUUUUGCCACCCUAUUUUGUUUUUGCACAUAAACUCAAAAGGCAUAGGUAUUUUGUAUCACUGACACAAACUGAAUCAGUCACUUUCCAGAUGUUCCAUUAAGUUUGUCUCCUAGGGGAAUUUUCACUGCUGUUCCCACUUAGCUACAAUUCUGUUUGUCAUCAAAUAAACAGGUUGGAUCGCAGAAUCCAGCUAUUUGAUUGUGGAAAUUUGCUGAAGAACUUGCCUUUCAAGAAUAUGUCUAUUCUAUUGUUAAAUAUACUAACUACAUUUAUAGAAAGUUAUGCGGAUCAAAUCUGUAGAUAUUAAAAAUUGAAAUAAAAAUGGACAAGGCCUAAAAAGAUAUUAGAAUGCCAAAUUUCCGUGAUGUUAUUUCAGAUUGCUCCAAUACAGCAGUACCUUUAUAUUUCUCAAUUAUAAGCUAAAUAUUUACAAGCAGUGUUUGUAAAUUACAUUUUAUUUGCCUUCUCAAUUACAUGUGAAUUAAGGUAUAUGUUCUGUUCAGUCGAAUUCAGGAGAAUACAUUUUAACUUGUAAUAGAUUUAGCAAAUGUAUGAAAGACCUUAUUUUUUACAAUAGGUAUUUUGUGGAAGAAACUGAGUUGUAUUGCCAUGCCUUGAUGUUGUGCUAGGUUUACUGGUUCUGGUACAAUUUCCACAUUGCAUGUUCAUUUUAUUCUUUGAAUAUUACCAGUUUUCAAUAGUGAAUUGUAAUCACAGCAGCAAUCUUAUGGAUUCCUUUAAAAUCAAACUGCUUAGGUAAUUCAAUAGUGUGGGGAAUGCUUGUGGUUGGCAAAUUGUCAGGGCUUUUAAUUUAACAGUACUUUUUUAUAUAAAAUUGAAGAAAAUUGUUAACUUAUUUGGAACCUGUGGUGUUUUCUGUAAAUGUCACACUUGUUAAUAAAUUGACAUAAAUAAUGAA